UACUUACACGUUUAUUUAUUGGUCGUUCUCGUUUAUCAAGAUGUAAAUACUAAAAAUGGGCGGAAUCGAUCUAGUCGUUCUCGAAGCGGGCCACUGUUUUGUAUAAAAAGGAAGGACAUUGCCCUCGGUUGCGUGUGGAAAUGCGUGAGCUGCAGUAAUUAUCUGCUCGAUGCAAUCGCGUUAUAAAUGGUAAUAUGGUCCAUAGAUAGAGACUUUUUUGUUGAUUUCCAUUAUCAUGAGAUGGGUAGGCUUUGAUGUAUACUAAGAGCAAAGUGUCCAGCACUGCCCUCCGAGAGGUGAAACUACGAGAAGUGAGCAAAGCAGUUUAGCUAGUAAAACAACAUUUACACAGUUCAGUGUUCAGCCAAAAGACCUUCCCAAGCAAAUCAGUUAACAAAAAAUCGGAAAGCAAACAAUCUAAAUCGCUGCGUCACGGGCUGUGGUCAAGGUGAUGGUCCUUAUCGCCUGUUUCAAUCCUCGAUAGAUGGAUAACGUGGAGCACUCCGGUACUGCUGUGUUUCCGUAUCGGCCCAAAAUAUUCCGUAUCAGCCCUCCAAUUGUGCAGCAAAUUGUAUCGAUAACGGAGUCCCAUAACUGAUUAGAUGUUGACGAAACACUAUUACUCAGAGGAACCCCUUGGCUAGGCUGGCAAGGCUAAUCGUGGGCUGAAUCACGGAUUUCGGGUUUUGUGUGUUGUUAUUUCUUCAUUUUCGCUGGCGACACUCGUCUGGAAGGAACCGUGUGGUUCAAUUGCGGCAGUGAAACGGUUAAAUUUGGUGCUCUCAAACGCGCGCGAUCAAAAUGAUUCGACGAAUUUGGAAAUCCAUCUCCUCCGUGUAUCUACUGUACGAACUAAACACCUGCAUCUAUAUGCUCGAUCCUUGGGAAAAACGGUUUGUCAAUGCGUUCAUUUUUGCCGUUUUAGGCUUGCUCAUCUUCUCCAGCUACACCUUUCUGCCGGACUACACCCGGAGGCUAGUGUACGCCUUCCUGCCAGCGCAUUCCAUGUCCGAACUGGACCGUGACCAUCCGCGAUCGAUGGAGUUCAACAUACGAGCGACAUAGUUCCAGCGUGCUCGGCCUUUGUGAUAGAUCUUCCGUGAGGAAAAAAAGGAAUCGUCCGCACGGCCCGCUUGGGAGGAUAGCGACUAAAUUCUGGCACAACCGUCGGGGACCACCACCAUGUACAACCAUCCAUUCCGGCGAGCGAAAGUCAACGUGGAGUAGACGAGGAAUAAUGUGAUUUAGAGGCAUUUAUCUGUUACGAAUAUCGCGGCCCAGAGUUGCACAAAGAAUGGCCAAUGUUUCUGCCAUGUAUUUCUCAGCCCUUUGCAAAAAUCGUGCUACUAGAAGUAUGUUUUUAAAAUAAACUUUGUCCAAACUUUAUCGAGAA